GCAUAACGCAUCAGAAUACAUUGCAGUUUAAUAUCAUAAUGAUAUCUUAAUCCUGCUAAGUCGAAUUAAUAAGUCGAAAUAAAGUCAACAUUAUAAACAACGACACGCCCAUUUCCGUUUUGAAACGUGCGCCGCGUCUACGGCACAUGAUCCUCAUUUUGUUUCGAGGUUGCAAAACGAAACUGUCAACCAAAUGAAACAUGGAAUAUCCUGGUGAAAGAGGAGAAGAGGAAACAAAUCCCUUGGGCUUGUACGAAGGUGAAAGGAACGAGAAUGGUGAUAGACAUGGACACGGGAAAGCUCUACUUCCGAACGGCGAUAUGUACGUCGGCCAAUAUUGCAAAGGCUUGCGGCACGGCCGAGGCCUUUAUGUGUUGAAAAUUGGUGCCAGGUACGACGGUGAAUGGAGACAAGGCGUGAAGUACGGUCAAGGAACCUUUUGGUACCCGGACGGAACACGAUACGAGGGUGAGUGGAAGCGGGACAUGAAAUACGGUUUCGGUGUCUACUAUUACGUGAAUGGCGAUAUUUACGAAGGUUCUUGGAAGAAGAACUGUCGGCACGGUAUGGGAUCGUAUCUCUACGCGGCCACGAACACGAAAUUUAUGGGCACAUGGAUCGUGGAUCGUAUGCAAGGGGCUGGUCAAUUAAUACACCCCCGUCAUAGGUUCCACGGAUUCUGGGAGUUAAAUUUGCCUUAUGGUCGCGGGUGCUUCACGUUCGAGAACGCUUGCAUGCAGCACGGCCACUACGUUCACGUUAAAAAUCCCGAGUACGACGAAACGAAAGAAGAACCUGUCGAGGAUAAAGAGGAAGAUGAGAAAAAGGAUCCAACGGCAAUAGAACCGCUACCUUUGAAGAAAGGGAUCAUAGCCCUAUGGCGUGCACGCUGCAUUACACCUUAUAAUCCUGAUCUGCUGCCACCUGAACCGGUACCUCUGCAAGAAGAGGUUUCCUUGGACUCACUGGCAGAGAAAUGUUCGGAGGACUUAAUGGAACCAGAACAAUAUUUGAAAUAUCCUAGCGAAUAUCGUGGAGAAGGCGAGGAGGAAUAUUAUGAAGGGGAGAAUCAUUAUAAAUCAAUUGUUAAUGAAGUACAAGAAACUUGAAAUAAAGUGAUCAUAAUCGAUCCUUUGACGUGA